AUGAAGGGCUCCCUGCUCUCCUGCUCAGCAGUUUUGCUUCUUCUCCUGCCCUGGUUUGGUGGUCUGGCAGUGGGUAAGAUCAGCAAGGACUUCUCUGAAUGUCUUUACUACUUUUACAAGAAUAUUCCACCAAGAGGUAUCAUUGGAGCAAAUUACCAGCCCAUAUGCCAAGAAUACAAUAACAUAUAUCGCUUUGCCACCCUCUAUCACAAAUGGUAUAAGACUCCUCUGUUCUCCGCCUACAUUCUGAGUAAAGCGGAUGGACCUCGGCCUAGAGUCAACUGGAUGUAUGAACCACAGUUGGUGAAUCCCUAUUUCCCUCCAGACAUGAGACCUUUUCCAGAACCUGUUCCGAAAGAUGUGAUUGAAAGCCAAGCAGUAGACAAUGAUUAUAAGCUUUCCAAGUUAACAAGAGGGCAUCUCAAUCCUAGUAUGCACCAGAUGGGGGAAGAAGACAGAAUUGCCACCUUCACUCUGACAAACAUUGUCCCCCAGGAGAAAGGAUCCAAUUCAGGCCUGUGGAAUGAUUGGGAGAAAAAAGUGUUGCAGAGAAAGAACUACUGCAUAGGUCCAAUGUACGUUAUAACUGGUGUCAUUCCUUACAUGUCCCCCUCACACUGGAUCAAUAACAGAGUGGCUGUUCCUGAAUACAUUUGGUCUGCUUACUGCUGCCCCGAAUAUUCAAAGCCCCUUCCUGACCAUCUGGAAAUGUUUUUUCCUACAUAUGGUGCAGUGGGAAGAAAUUAUCGCAACAGCGGGGGGGAGAUUGUACCUACAGCUAAGACAGGGGAAAAUAAAGGUUAUGAAGUGAGUGAGAUGCCAUUGGAGACCUUGGAGGGUAUCCUGAGCAAUAGGCUGAACCAGAACAGAACUGUCAAUCUGUUUGAUUCAAAAUGUUUGAAUGCUAAAAAACCCAUAGAAAACUAGUGCAGCUAAUAGGGCACACUAUAAUUAUAACAAAAGCUUCAGCAACCUCAUCCUUAACGUAAUCAUGAUUUUAACAAAGUACUCAGAAUAAAAACUUGUAAAACACAUCAGCAAUACAAAAAACUAAAGAUGAACCUCUCUCCAAUCUUACAAUCUCUCCUAUGGUCCUCAACUAAAUGUUAUUUGAGAACAUGACAGAUAUACAUUCUGUUCUGUUCACUCUGCCUCCUCUGAAUUCAAGAAUUCUACCUUAAAAGUUUUAAAAAUUAUAAAAACUGUAUACUUAAACACUUUCCUCUGAUAUCACGGGUACCUCGCCAAAUGUAACCGUUAUCUUCAGGAAAAUAUAUAGAGGUUUUUAGUGUUUUAUCUUAGGAAUCUGGUUGUUAUUUAGGCAGAGGCCAAUGUUGCCAUUUGUACAUUUUCUUUGCUCCCCCUUCCAUUUUUGCAGUAUGCUGUACCUCUUGAGUUAUUCCUUUACAUGUUGACAUUUGUUAAACUUGGAUUUGUAUUAUCCAUUAUCUUAAAAUACGCUUGGCAAAAAUAAAUG